AUAAAGUGAACAGUUUCCGCCGGAUCGGGCUAGAAAGUGGACGUUAGUUAAUUUAAAAUAUCAACAAGGAGCAAGCAUUUAUAAGUUGUGAAGAUUGUACUAGGGAUUGGAUGACAAAAUCAUUGCGAUAUCCAGACGAUCAAAAUGUUUAAAUCAGGAUUUUUGAUGGUGCUGAUGCUGGGAUCGUGUCUAGCAGACAUUGCCGCGUGGAAUGACGAUCGCGCAGAGUUCAAGUUAGGCAAUAAUGGGAACAAUGUUAAGGGACUCCAUUACACCCAACAUGAGGCGUCGGUGAAUGCUGCCCGCAAGGGAGCAGCGGAACGGCUUGCACGGAUUAGUGGCAGCUCGGGAGGAAUUCCAUGUGGAAGUACGGUUUGCUACAGCAGUUCUGGAUUCUCCGACAAUAGUGAUGCUGAGGCAGUUGGCCAAGGAAUUGUGGGUUUCACCGGUGGAUCAAACAGUGCUAGUAGUUCCAAGUAUCAGGCCAGCUCCCACCACGAGGCGGUGAAAAGUGCGGCAGUUCCAGUUUAUCCUGUAACCGGAGGUUCCAAAUCUAGUUAUGUCAGCGCUUCACAACGGCACAGUGCUUCCAGCACCAGUUCCGGUCAACCAUUGAACUACAUCAUUGGUUCCGAUGGUAUUAAAACGAGGUCCAAUUUCGGAGCUACUAGCGGAACAACCGUUGUUCAACCCAUUGUUGCAUCUGCAUAUCCCAUUGGUCAAGAGUCUUCCCAGAGCAGUUAUUUAGCUGGAAACCGUGACAGCACCUCGGGAGUGUACACAGUACCAGUCGACAGUAGUAACGCUUACAGAACUAGAUCCAGUUAUUCAGCUGCCUCGGAAAGAGAAAGUUCUUCCGUAGCCCAACCGAUUGUCCCGGUGUACAGUUCGGGCGAACAUGCCUCCAAAUAUGUCGCCACUGGAAGACAGGAAAACCGUCAACGCUACUCCCCAUCAAACACCUACGUCGUCUACAGCAACCCCAUUCCCGUGCGAGUAUACACACCAGUGAAUUCAAAUUUUGAAAGCUCAGCCCGUUUUGCAAACUCCGAAGGCACAGUUCACACACCCAUCAAAGUAUACCCAGUUCGAACAUCCGAUCAGUAUUCUUCUGCUGAAGAUCAACAGUCCAUUCAAUCCGCUGACCUUCUAUCGCAACCUGUCUACGGAAGCUCUUCAGAUCGUUCUUCCCAGGCUGCAUCCAACUACCGGUCCUCUUCCAGCUACCGUCCAGUUUACCAACCAGUGUACAAUAAUCGUGUGUCAGCUUCGGAACGAGCGGAAGAAUCUCACAGCCAAACUUCGGAUAGUUUAGCUCCCGUAGUAGCCGCCGUUCCAGUUGUUAGUUCCGCAUCCGAACGGCAGGAAGAGCGUCGUUUCGAAGACUACACUCGCAAAGGUAGCACGUACGUCCCGGUCCCAUUAAGCACCGACGUAGCAUCAUCCCAAUACGCCGCGCACGAUCAUAGACGCAUUCAAGCAGGAUCCGCCUAUAUUCCCAUAGUCCCACCUGGAGGUUCUACUUCUUCCUCAUCAUCAAAGUAUUCCGCGCAGGAGCACCGUGAACAGCAAGGAUCCUCGUACGUCCCCAUAGUUCCAGUUGGAUCAACUUCUUCGACCUCUUCAAAGUACUCAUCCCAAGACGAACACCAUCAGAAGGCAACCGGUUAUCCGUACGUGCCGAUAGUCCCAGUUACUGGAACAACUUCCUCCAUAGCUUCCCAACAUUCCGCUCAGGAACGUCGCCAGCAGCAGGCCGCAGGAGGUUUAUACUACCCAGUUGGUGCAGCUAGUCAGGGAUCCCGCUAUUCGGCCUCUGAAUCGGCCAACAGCUAUAACCAACAGCGGGUGAAGGGUGGAAACUACGUCCCAUAUCCGAUUGUCAACGAUGAUUUAGGACAGCGCUUUGGAGCAGGUGGACUUGGUGGUUUCGGAAACAACAACGACCUAGGCGAACUUAUGACCGAGUCGGAGCGAUUGGCGAAGUUGCAGUCGAGAAAUGCCUACAGUGGGGCAGUUGCCGGUAGUUCAGCCAUCGAUACGGAGAACCGCUUCGGAGAUGAUAGCAGUAGCACCAGCGAUAUCGGCUUGGGUGGCUUUAAACGGACAAAGUCGUGGUCUAGUAGCUCGAAGUGGGCCUCAGGACAGAAGUACGGUGAGGACGGUAAGAUCAAAUCUUACAGCUCGCUAUCGACGGCAGAAGGUGAACAGCACAAUAUCGAUGGAAAGAAGACCGGUUACAAGGCGGCGACGACUACCCUGGAGGAUGACGGAAAGGUCAGCACGUACAGCUUACACACGCCGUAGAAGAGUUAUAGAAUUAGAUAGGUGAUAAGUAAUUUCGACUGAAAUAAAUUUUUAGAAAUCGAA